UGGCACCGCGAAUUCGAGGUGGUGAGCUACUAGUCAGAAAGAAUUGGCCAAUCAGCGACCGGAAACUUUCCGGUGGAGCGGCUUUAUCUUCAAAAUUGGCUUUGUCUCAGCAUCAACUUCGACUUGGUCGUGGCAUUGCGAGCGUUGCAUCUGGGUGGGUUGCAGCCACCGACGAACCAUCUGAUGGUGUGGUCGGAUCGCGGCGGUGCUAAGUCCACCCUCACUUUGCCAUUUGCCUGAGGAGCAGCGAAAGCAACACUUGAGACUGCAACUAUCAUGGUGUUCAUCUCGCUGGAAGACGUUGUUGGCCAUUCCGCCGCUGCGACCAACUGCAGCAUGAAGCACUCGAGUGAUCUGCCCAAAGCUACCACUCAAGUGGUGGUGACCCCGGGCUCCUCAGCAAAGCAGGACAAUACCCCUAUUGCACGCGCAGGACUCUUCAAUCAACGGGCAUCUUCGUCACUGGUGUAUUUCGUGCUGUACGUCUCGGACAGCGUCAUGAGGCAGAAAUGGGUGCUCAGCAAGACCUCCGCUGAUCACGCGCAGCUACGCAAGAGCAUCCGUCGAGUUGGAAGCGGAUGCAAGAACUUUUCGUGUUGUGGCCACUUGCUACGAAUUAUCAAGACAGCCCCGAGCAUCAGUACGCGACGAAUGUGGGGCUCUAACACACAGUACGACCAAUGCAGUACGUUCCAGACAUUCGUGAACGACUUGGUGAUGAGUAUCUUAGGACGCGACAGCCAAUGCGAGUUCAUGCAGCAGACACGACAUAUUCUCGAGGACUUCCUCGACAUCGCACGCCAACGAGCCAACGCUAUCGACCGUGUGCUCCAUCAUGAAAAUCCAGUCACUUCGCCGAUAGCAGCUCCAUUGAACGUGUGCCCAGCAGGUCAAGACUGUGGUGACGCGAGUGACGACAGCUCCGAGUGUCCGAUCUGCUGUGGCGAUUUGGCCGACGACCAAACGCUACGUCUGCCGUGCGGCCACAACUACCACGCAGGGUGCGUGCGUGUGUGGCUGAACCUCCAGCACACGUGCCCCGUGUGUCGUCUGCAGCUCAACGAGCGCGUCAUCUCGUACUAGAAUACUACCAAAUCAAGAAAGGUAAAUGUAAAGAUCAAAUAAAAGCUCAUUAGUCAACCAA